GCCACGGCCGUCACCGUUCCGGAACCCCGGCUUGUGCACCGCCACGCGGAGACUACCAACAUUCCACAGCGGGAUUGGCCCCCAGCCUCACCACCCGACCCUAUCCCAUCCCAGCCGCUGGACCCGCUCUUGUGCACCUGCGCCCCACAGGCGGGGACCCGACUCCCAGCCUGUGCACUGCGGCGUUGAACACCGCUGCCUCAACGCCAGACCGUCGGACACAGGCCCUACGCACCACUGAGCGGUGCAAGACCCAUCACACUGACCGCCGCGACCCCUGCCCCGCUGCGGGUCCCUUCCCACCCCCCGGCUUUUUGCACCAUUGCCCCACCACCAGACCCGACUCCCAGUCUCUGCCACCACCAGGGCCGCCUGACCCGACCCCAGGUCUUGAGCACCACUGCAACCACCGCAGCUUGCUGGCAUCCAGCGCCCUCCGGUCCAUUCUCCGGCACCACCGCCAGCCACAACAUGCGCCAGAAAAAACUAGAAAUUUACUCUGUGGAGCUCAAUGGAACUAAAGACAUUACACAGACUGACCAGGGGGAUGACAAGGAGAAGUACAAAGGCCUGAAGAACGACCACUUGGAACUCAAAAAGAGUCAUCAAAAAGAGGGGCUUAAAAAAGAACUUGAUCUGGAUGACCACAAACUCAAUGAUAAAGAAUUGGAACAGAAAUAUGGUACAAACAUCAGCAGGGGUCUCUCCAGCAUCAGAGCUGCUGAGCUUCUGGCUCGGGAUGGACUCAAUGCCCUCACCCCUCCCAAGCAGACUCCAGAGAUUAUCAAGUUUCUCAAGCAGAUGGUGGGGGGCUUCUCCAUCCUGCUAUGGAUAGGAGCCAUCCUGUGCUGGAUUGCAUAUGGAAUUCAGUAUGCCAGUGAUAAUUCUGGAUCCCUAGACAAUGUGUACUUGGGCUCUGUACUUGCACUAGUUGUUAUUUUAACGGGGAUCUUUGCUUAUUACCAAGAGGCCAAAAGUACCAACAUCAUGGCCAGCUUCAGUAAGAUGAUUCCCCAGCAAGCUCUUGUUAUCCGUGAUUCAGAAAAAAAGAUAAUUCCUGCAGAGCAGCUGGUGGUGGGGGACAUUGUGGAGAUUAAAGGAGGAGACCAGAUCCCUGCGGACAUCAGGCUGCUGUCUUCUCAGGGGUGUAAGGUAGAUAAUUCGUCUCUCACUGGGGAAUCUGAGCCCCAGUCUCGUUCAACUGAGUUUACCCACGAAAACCCCCUGGAAACAAAGAACAUAGGCUUCUAUUCUACAACCUGUUUGGAAGGCACAGCAACCGGCAUGGUCAUCAACACGGGUGAUCGCACCAUCAUUGGUCGCAUAGCCUCCUUGGCUUCAGGUGUUGGAAAUGAGAAGACGCCCAUUGCCAUUGAGAUCAAGCACUUUGUUCACAUUGUGGCAGGCGUGGCCAUCUCCAUUGGCAUCCUUUUCUUCAUCAUCGCGGUGUCCAUGAAGUACCAUGUCCUGGACUCCAUCAUCUUCCUCAUUGGCAUCAUUGUGGCCAAUGUUCCUGAGGGCCUCCUGGCCACUGUCACUGUUACCCUGUCACUAACAGCAAAACGGAUGGCCAAGAAGAACUGCCUGGUGAAGAACCUAGAGGCAGUAGAGACCCUCGGCUCUACCUCCAUCAUCUGCUCAGACAAGACCGGAACCCUGACCCAGAACAGGAUGACUGUGGCCCAUUUAUGGUUCGACAACCAGAUCUUUGUGGCUGACACAAGUGAAAACCAAUCAAACCAAGCCUUUGACCAAAGCUCUGGAACAUGGGCCUCCUUAUCCAAAAUAAUAACAUUGUGUAAUCGAGCUGAGUUCAAACCAGGACAAGAAAGUGUCCCCAUCAUGAAGAAAGUCGUGGUUGGAGAUGCCUCGGAAACUGCUCUUUUGAAAUUCUCAGAGGUCAUUUUGGGUGAUGUGAUGGAAAUUAGAAAAAGAAACCGCAAAGUAGCUGAAAUCCCUUUUAACUCUACAAACAAAUUUCAGCUCUCCAUACAUGAGACAGAGGACCCCAACGACAAGCGCUUCCUCAUGGUGAUGAAAGGGGCUCCCGAGAGGAUCUUGGAGAAGUGCAGCACUAUAAUGAUCAAUGGUCAGGAACAGCCACUGGACAAAAGCACUGCUGCGGAAUUCCAUACAGCCUACCUGGAGCUGGGUGGGCUGGGCGAGCGUGUGUUGGGUUUCUGUCAUCUCUACCUGCCAGCAGACAAGUUUCCAGAGACCUACUCAUUUGAUAUAGACACCAUUAACUUUCCUACCUCCAACCUCUGUUUUGUGGGGCUCUUGUCGAUGAUAGAUCCCCCUCGGUCUACUGUGCCAGAUGCAGUUACCAAAUGCCGGAGUGCAGGGAUCAAGGUUAUUAUGGUUACAGGUGAUCAUCCCAUCACAGCCAAAGCUAUUGCCAAGAGUGUAGGGAUUAUUUCAGCUAACAGUGAAACAGUGGAAGACAUUGCAAAACGCCUCAACAUUGCUGUGGAGCAAGUUGACAAACGGGAUGCUAAAGCUGCUGUGGUGACUGGCAUGGAGCUGAAGGAUAUGAGCCCAGAACAGCUGGAUGAGCUCUUAGCCAACUACCCAGAAAUUGUCUUUGCCCGAACAUCCCCUCAACAGAAGCUGAUCAUUGUGGAGGGUUGUCAGAGGCAGGAUGCAGUUGUUGCUGUGACAGGAGAUGGAGUAAAUGAUUCUCCAGCUCUAAAGAAAGCAGACAUUGGGAUUGCCAUGGGGAUAGCAGGUUCUGAUGCUGCCAAAAAUGCAGCCGACAUGGUCUUGCUGGAUGACAACUUUGCAUCUAUAGUCACAGGAGUGGAGGAAGGUCGCCUGAUCUUUGACAACUUAAAGAAGACUAUUGCGUAUACCCUGACCAAGAACAUUGCUGAACUUUGCCCCUUUUUGAUCUACAUCAUUGUUGGGCUCCCUCUUCCCAUUGGCACCAUCACCAUCCUGUUCAUUGACCUGGGCACAGACAUUAUCCCCUCCAUUGCCUUGGCCUACGAAAAAGCUGAAAGUGACAUUAUGAACAGGAAGCCUCGCCACAAGAAGAAAGACAGAUUGGUAAACGAGCAACUUGCCGUCUACUCUUACCUGCACAUUGGUCUCAUGCAAGCCCUGGGAGCUUUCCUUGUAUAUUUCACUGUCUAUGCACAAGAAGGCUUUUGGCCCACCUCUCUCAUUAACCUACGGGUAGAAUGGGAAAAAGAUGAUAUGAAUGACUUAGAAGACAGCUAUGGACAGGAAUGGACAAGGUACCAGAGGAAAUACUUAGAGUGGACAGGCUACACAGCCUUCUUUGUUGGCAUCAUGAUCCAGCAAAUAGCAGAUCUGAUCAUCAGGAAAACUCGGAGAAAUUCUAUCUUCCAACAGGGACUCUUCAGAAAUAAAGUCAUCUGGGUGGGAAUUGCCUCACAGAUAAUCAUCGCACUGAUCCUAUCCUAUGGCCUUGGGAGCGUCACAGCCCUGAGUUUUACUAUGCUUAGGCCUCAGUAUUGGUUAGUGGCUAUACCACAUGCCAUCUUGAUUUGGGUGUAUGAUGAAGUGCGAAAACUCUUCAUCAGGCUCUACCCUGGAAGCUGGUGGGAUAAGAAUAUGUACUAUUAAGACCACAUCACUCUCCAAGUUUCCCAGUAGCAUAUUGGGAAUAUUCUUCAUCUUCUGGCUACUCACUGGGAGAUCUCUUGCAGUACAGACAUCAUCAAAUCUCAAGAGAGACUUUCAUAUAGAAAACUAUAUGAAACAUACUCAUGUUUUGUACUUUAAAUAUGAUUCAACUGUUUAUAUAGAAUUUUCAUCUCUAUCGCAAUCUCCUUAAUUUAAAAUAUGUGAACUUUUAGGUAGUGGUAUAAGGAAAAACAUGUUUAUAUGUAUAUAAAGUUCACUUUGUUAAAUAGUCUAGUGUAACCCGGUAUCUGCUGGGGUCUGCCUUAAACCAGUAUAGGAUUAUUCAAACCUCACUCACUCAUAAUGACACCCCCCUCUCGAGAUUUCUGUGAAUCCUACCAAGAACAUAUGCUCAUGGUCACCAUGCUCACAAAAGGCUAACUUAGCUGAAUGUUUGUGGGAGGUCAAAGUGGUAGCAGGCAUACAUCACAGCAUCACAGAUGACCUCAGUUUUGACUCUGAGAUCUCCUUCAGUUUGUGACAGUUUCCCUGGCCUUGUCACCCUAUCCUGCCUCCUGUCACCUUCUCAGCCCUUUCAUGUCCCACCCAGAACCCUCUCUAUCCUCCAAACCAAAGCUCCAAGUCCAUUUUGUAUAUCCUAACUCAGAAUUCUCAACUCAUCAAAGGGAACUUUAUUUACCAGGAUUAAACCUCA